AUGGCGGACGACGCGCAACAUGAGCAUACCUUCGAUGCCGCCGCAGACGCUGGCGCAUCUGCCACUUUCCCUAUGCAAUGUUCUGCCUUGAGAAAGAACGGUUUCGUUGUGAUCAAGAACCGCCCUUGCAAGAUCGUCGACAUGUCCACCUCCAAGACUGGCAAGCACGGUCACGCAAAGGUUCAUUUGGUCGCCAUCGAUAUCUUCACCGGCAAGAAGCUCGAAGAACUGUGCCCAUCCACCCACAACAUGGACGUCCCAAAUGUCAUUCGCAAGGAAUACCAACUGCUUGAUGUUUCUGACGACGGGUUCCUUUCUUUGAUGGCUGAUGAUGGUGAGACCAAGGACGACGUCAAGGUCCCUGAUGGAGAAAUCGGAGAGAAGAUUGACAAGCUUUUCACCACUGAAGAGAAGGACACCAACGUUAUUGUUCUCACCGCUAUGGGUGAGCAAGCUGCUAUCGAAGCUAAGGAGGCUCCUCGUUCCUAG